AUUUGCGUGCUCUUUAAUCGUCAUAACCGGUAGUUUUACUAAACAAGCUUUAUUGUUUCGUUCUGCAUCAACUCGACUAAAGGCAGGUGGAAAUGUCCUUUUGUGCCUUCUAUGGUCGGGAGGUUUACAAAGACCAUUUCAAACCAGGAAUUUACGCAUGCGCCAAGUGUGAUCACCAUCUUUUCUCCAGCCGUUCCAAGUAUGAGCAUUCGUCUCCUUGGCCGGCCUUCACGGAGACCAUCCACCAAGACAGUGUGGCCAAACAUGAGGAGAGACCUGGAGCCUUCAAGGUUCUGUGCGGCAAGUGUGGAAAUGGCCUAGGCCACGAGUUUGUCAACGACGGGCCCGGCAGAGGCUUGUCUCGUUUUUGAAUAUUCAGCAGCUCACUGAAGUUCAUCCCUAAAGACAAAGUUGAUGGACAGUAAAGUGAGCGCACUGCAGGAGGUGCUGCUUGACGUCUGGAUGCCGCUAAGUAAGUGUGGACAGCAAAUGAAGCACUCUGGGAAAAAGCCUGACUGGGGAGCACCAGAGUUCGGAUCGGAGAGUGGCCGCACUGGACAGCAACAACAGAUUAUGCAAUGUUUGAGAUUCAGGAGAGAAUACCUUUGCUCAUAUUUGUAGUAGGGAAUCAAGUUACUGUAUUUGUGAAAUUUUAUAAGUAUACCAUAUUCUCUCAAUUUUUAUGAUAUUAAUUUUAAAAAGUUAUCUUCGCUAUGCAGCCUGUAUUUCUUUUUCUUACAGAAUUGUGUGAAAACAUGCACAAAGCAAAAUUUGCUCUCCCCUCUUGGUGAAAAUAAGCAGUGCUUUGCUGCUUCGUAACAGCGUCGUGUAUAAUAAAUAUAUUUCAAGAUACAUUUUAA